AUAAACGGAGGAGGAGGGGUGGUUUCUGGGUCUAUUUCAGAAUAUAAAGGGUUAGUGCAUUUUAAACAGAUCACAGAUCCGAAGGCAGAACGUCCACCAUGCGCUUCUUCCACAGCUUCACUGUAUUUUUAGCCUGGCUUGCAAGUGUCAGUCUGGAAGAACCCCCAUUGAAAGCCAAAAUUACUGUGAGUUUGGGAGACCCGCAACUCUUUACAGGGGAAGAUGUGGAGCUCUCUUGCAGUGUCCCAGAAGACACUUUUUCCAGAUGGAGGUAUCAGUGGUUUCAUAACGGUGUAUCCCUUGGCUACCAAAAUGUGUUCAGUAUCGUGAAGGCACGAGUCCAGCAGAGCGGAACCUAUACCUGCCAAGGAAUCAAGUCGAUAAGAACUCAGCCGUUUAGAGAGUUGUCGGUGCUAAGCGACCCUCUUCAAAUACAUGUUGAUGGUGGCUGGGUUCUCAUGCAACACCCUGUUAAACCAUUAAUUGUCGAGCAACAAAUGACUCUGACCUGCCGUGUCCGCGAUGACCCUUUGCUGUCAAGUGUGAUCUUCUACAAGGAUGGCUUCAAGGGCAAGACCCAGAACGACAAAGAUCUAGUGUUUCCCUCCCUCGGAAUUGAGGAUGAUGGCAUAUACUCAUGCAGGGCCACGUGGUUGAAGAACCAGGAAUAUGAGUCUGGCCAGUCUGUGCCUUCUACUGUGACGGUGUUAGAUAAAGUGGAGACUCCUAGGAUGGUGCUUAUCACAGAUCCGAAUCAGGUGAGGAGUGGGAAGGACGUAGUCUUCAAUUGUAUCACCAAAGUAAAUACAGGACCAUCAGAUCUGCGUAUAGAAUACCACUUCCUGAAAGAUGACGAGAGUCUAGGACCCUCUUCUUCCGACAGCACGCUCUACCUCCCAAGGGUGAGCAAUGCGGAUGCCGGAAACUACUCCUGCAAAGUCAAUGUAAGGGAUCUGAAUGAGGAGAGGGACAGUAACCAGGUACAGCUCCUGAUCCUGCCAGUCUGAACCUGUAGACCGGCAAUAACCAUGAUCCAGACCUGGAGUGUAUGAAGCAAACCAACUAUUCAGCAAUAAUCCAGGUUCCUGUACGUUUUACUGUUUUCUGUCUUUCUAUCAUCCGUCUCAAUACAACUUAAAUGUGUGUUUUAUACUGGAUUGCAGUAAUGGAAAAUAUAUAUUUUUUUUUUUACUCUAUACCAUAUUUAAUCAUCUGUAAUUUUCCAAGAACAGAGAUAGAGCCUUAAAUAUCAGUUUUCCUAUUUGAUUUUAAUACACAUGCAUGAUUGGCUGAUUUAAGUCUGAUAAUGCAUUACCUUUUUUGUCUUUGGAAAAUAUGUGUAAUAAAUGUUUCUUUUUGUUUUACAAACUAUCAAUAAACACAUGGAACUGUA